GCACCACAACCGCGCGCACGCACACUCUCGACAGCCCACAUUCAACUCGUGCAUAUUUAUAGUUUCACAUAGUCCUCCACAACAUUAAUUCCAUUGUUCUAGUGCAGCAAGUACCAACGAAUCACCCAAAGGCUCAACUGAACUCAAUCCAUGUGCGCUGUAUCUCGUGUUUUAAAACAUCAUUCGUGAGAGAAUUCAUCAGCUAUAUCUUCCCAUCCAGUACUCCCCCGCUGCAUCACUUGAAUUCUAAUUCCGUGACAGUCCCAGAAUCCCAGUAAUCCACAACCACUCGCCUCUGUAUAAUCUCCACGAACAGCGAUCCCACUGAAAAAUUAAAUUUUUCCCAGACAUCCUGUCCCCCUCAACAAUUAGUUAUCAAUGAGUGGCUGCGUGUUGUCGUGCAACAGUUCAGUCCCCAAAACGUGUUAUUUAUCAUUAUCAAUCGUGCAGCUGUGCGGCCCCGACUCAUUUGUUCAUGCAUACAAAGCAUUAUUUACCAGCUUAUGAUUGCCGGUCGGUACAGCAGUGGUGAAUGCUAAUGAGCCAGUGGGAGAUGUGGAUUAAUCUAGGUGCUGCCUUGAGAGAACAAAAGGAAAACUCAUGUAUCAAGUGGGAGUGAGCGCGCCACCAUUCGAAUAUCCUCACUUCUAACACACAUACCGCGUGGCAACAUGAUUACCGCUGAAGAUAUCAGUUCGCCGUCAAUCGUGGACUUGUGUACACGCACGCUCAACUAGGAAACUCGUAUUUCGCCAUCAGUCGAGUCUGAGCGAAUAGAAAAUAGAAAACAAGUUUGAUAUCAAUUGUUCGGCUAUUGGGGAGUUCUCGGUGGCGCGAGGGGCGACUGCGAGUGCAAUGAAUCUCACGCUGUGGCGGGAACAAUGACCACUGAGUCCACGAUUUUUGGUCUUUAGGUAGUGAAGUAAUUGUUGGUAAUAGUGAUAGUAACAAUUCCGUUAUGAAGAACUUCCCAGAAGAUACGAUCGACUCACUCCAGCGAUCUUUGAACCUGACCUUUGAUGGCAUCUCGCAGAAUGCUAAUGCAGGCGUACUGAUGAGAGAGAAACGUCAGCUGCUGCAUAAUAUCAGCGGGGACUUCAGGGCUGGCGAAUUGACAGCCGUCAUGGGACUCUCUGGCGCUGGAAAGUCUACGCUCAUGGAUAUUCUCGCUGGUUUCACAACCCCGCAGAGUGGCUGUGUAUUUGUAAACAACAGCCCUCGUGAGCUAGCCGCCUUCAGAAGAUCAUCAGCAUAUAUAAUGCAGGAUCAUUAUUUAGAACCAUUACUAACUGUCGAGGAGAGUAUGAAGGUCGCAGCAGACCUCAAACUCCGGAUGACCGAUGAGAACAAGUCUGAGAGGAUUGAACACAUUCUAGUUGCACUGGGCCUCGCCAAUUCCAAACAGACCAGAACAGGCAAUCUCAGUGGAGGACAGCGGAAGAGAUUAACUAUUGCUCUUGAACUUCUGAAUAAUCCACCAUUCAUGUUGUUUGACGAGCCAACGAGUGGCCUCGAUAGUGUUGCAUCUAAGCAGUGUCUCAAUUUAUUGAAGGCAUUGGCACGUGAAGGACCACGCACGGUAAUUAUAACGAUACACCAACCUAGUGCAACGCUCCUCGACAUGAUCGAUCAUUUACACGUACUCGUUGAUGGCUCGUGUAUUUACACAGGUGGUACAAGAAAUCUGAUACCCUAUCUGUCUGACCAUGGUCUCCAGUGUCCGACUCACUACAAUCCAGCUGAUUUCUUGAUGGAGAUAUGCAAUGGAGAUUAUGGUGAUUACAAUAAAACCCUCAGCCAGUCCAUUGAUAAUGGGAAGAGUAAUGCCUGGAGGUCACCGUCGGAGACUAAAAUUCAUUGGUCCUUCGGCGAUGGACUCAAUAUGGAACUUUACGAUGGCGAUGGUGUGGAUGACAAUAGAUCGAAUUCUGGGUAUUAUGCCACUGGAUUUCCGAGACAGUUGGGCGUGCUUUUCAGGAGAAAUUUCAUCAAACUUUCUAGGGAUAGGAUUCUCACGUUUACGAGACUCAGCAUGCAUUGCCUAAUAGCAAUUUUCAAAGGAUCGGUAUUUUACAACAUCGGUGAGGAUGCCGAGGAGGCUCGCAAUAACUCUGGCCUACUAUUUAUGAGCCUCAUGUUUGUGAUGUUCAGUGCGUUCAGCGCGACGUUAAUAACUUUUCCCCUCAUACUGCCAAUCGUCGUGCGAGAGCACUUCAAUCGAUGGUACAAACUGCGCUCUUUCUACUUGGCGAACAAAUUGGCGGAUCUACCAAUUCAGAUCACAGCUGUGUCAUUAUAUAUGUUGAUUCUGUAUCUCAUGACUGGACAGAUUGCCGAGGGCAAGAGGUUUCUACUUCUCUUGACGUGUUACAUUGCGGUUUCACUCGUAGCUCAACUUAUCGGACUUAUUUGUGGAAUUGUUUUUAGUAUAAAGUACGGAGUUAUAUUCGGCCCUUUCUUCAUCAUGCCAUUCGUGUUAUUUAGUGGUUUUUUGGUGCACUUGACUGAUGCCCCGUGGUAUCUACAAUGGCUCUUCCACGGUUCAUUCUUGAAAUAUGGGUUUCAAGCUGCCAUGGCCUCAAUGUACGGAUUCGGCCGAUCCAAGAUGCCUUGCAACGAAAUUUACUGCCAUUACACUUAUCCCAGCAAAUUACUAAUGGAUUUUGGAAUGAAAUCCGCGGAGUACUGGAUGCCCAUGAUCGUUCUAGUUAUUCUCUACCUAAUUCUUGACUUGAUCGCCUACGGUUGUCUUCGAUUAAAACUGAAGAAAAUACUUUAAAGAUGGACAAUAAAUUCCAUAAGACUAAAAUAAACGUAAGGAGAUAUAUUCCAUUUUGUCUCGAAGAAAUAACGCGAGAACAUGAGCAGCAGAAAUCUAGUCAAAACGAAAUUUCCAAGUGAAAGUAAUUCUUGGGAUCAUCGACGAUAAAUAAUUUUUGAAAACCUCUUGGAAAUUGUAGUUUUUGUACGUUGCCAUAAGAAAAAUUUUUAUGGAAAAAUCUAUUCUGCCAAAUAAAUUUUUAUACCUCA